UAAUGCAACAAAAUCAUACACAAUUCCUCAACACAAAAUAAAAAGAAACUAAACAAAAAACACAAUGGCAUCAUUCACCCUUUUCACCUCCCUCCCAAAAUUUCUCCCUGCUGGUGCUUCAUUUGCAAGGGCUCAUCCUUGGAAUUCUAGAGUCUUUGCAGCAGCUACCCCAAGAUCAAUCCAAGUUCCAAAGUCACAUAACGAUGAUGGUUCAAUCACUACCGAUGGAAUCAAACAAGGAGGAGGAGUCAGUGAAACCAUUAACAACAGUUUGAACGAAACACAACAUGAAAAGGCUUAUUCCACUUCGGAACAUGCUGUUGAAAAAACAAAAGACGCUGCUAAUAAGGCUUCAGCAUCAGCACAAAACAUAGCUGAGAAAGCAAAGCAGACAAUGCAAGAUGCAUGGGAUUCAACUAAGAACACAGCCAAUAAAGCUGCAGAUACUGUUUUGGGAAAGACUCAACAAUCUUGUGAAUCAACUAAGAACAAUGCCAAUAGGGCUGCUGACACUGUCGUUGAAAAAACUAAGGAAUCUGCUGAAUAUGUCAAAGAUAAUGCAGAGGCAGUGAAGAGGAACAUGAACAAAAAGAAUUGAUUCCAUUCAACAACAUCUUAUUGUAUAUGCUAAUUUCGUAUUUACCAUUUUUUUGUUUUUUUUAUUAAU